UGUUUUGAGGAGAGAUCCACUCGGUCGAACCCUCAAAUAUUCAGCAAAAUCUAUCUAAAACCCCCAAAAACCUACAUUGGAAGAAGCAACCCUCUUGCUCAUCCCAGAAUCUCCAUGAAUUGAAGUCCUAGAAAGCCAUGGAUGUUCCUCGAAUCCCAACCUUAUGUUGGAGGAACAUUCUUUGCCUGCACAAAAAUUUCCUAAAAACAUUCCUGCCUAGCUGCGAGCAUGCCCACAACCCCCACAACAUUAUGAACUGAAAAAGAAAAUGCAACAAUGGGUGUAUGUAUCUUUCCAACAUCUGCCUUUUUCUCUCGCAGAAAACCAAAUGGAAAGGUGGGUAAUGCUUGGAUUAUGUAUAUAUAGACCAACCUUGCUGAGAGAGUGAGAGUUCUCCUGAGAAACUUCUCUCUUUCUUUCUAGUUUUUUCUGAGAACAAAAACAAAGGAAAAACCUAACCGGGGUCUUUCUACUUGACCCGGUUUUUGCGUGUCAAGAAACCCACAAACUGGGAUUUUCUUCUUUCAAACUCAAUUAUUCCGUCCAUAGGCUUGAAUUGCUUUCAACCAUUUAAUGGCAUUCUGAGGAAACAAAGUCAAUAAUUGAGGUUUCCACGUCCUCCUCUGUGAAUUUGUGACAGCUCUCUGAAGUCCUGGAACGAUGAGAGAUGGGAACUCCAAUAAAAGCAAGCUUUCAUGGUCCAAGACGCUGGUCAAGAAAUGGUUCAGUGUCAAGAACAAAGCCCGAGACUCCGAUCCGGACGAUGCCAUUCACCAAGCUGGCGAUGAAGACUGGAGGAAGAAUGUAUCAGAGAAGGAGGCAUGCACUAUCAGUGAAAGCAGAAUAGAGAGACCAAAUAGGAGGAAUUCUGUUCGUUUCCGGGAAAGAAAGAUCGGCCUAGAUGCUUCCCAAGUAACCAAUGUGCAUAAUUAUAGCAUCUUUGUAGCUACAUGGAAUGUGGCCGGAAAGUCUCCUCCGAGUUAUUUGAAUCUCAAAGAUUGGCUCCAUUCCUCUCCUGCUGCAGACAUCUAUGUUCUUGGGUUCCAAGAAAUUGUGCCUUUAAAUGCUGGUAAUGUCUUGGGUACAGAAGACAAUGGCCCGGCAGGGAAAUGGGUAACACUCAUCCAAAAGAUUCUAGACAUUGUUCCGGACUCUAUUGUGGGGCUAAAUGCAGACUUUGAAGGGUCAACAAGACGAAAUGCCUCGUCUAUCUUCCACGAUAGCUCGUUUCAGUCCGUGAGUCACAGCAUGCGAAUGAUGGAAAACAACACGUUGAUGCCACAACCCCGACUUGAACGUAGAUUCAGCGUUUGUGAUGGUGUUUUCAUUAGUCACAAACCCAGUGAUUAUGACCCAAAUGUCAGUGGAGAUUUUUCAUCCGAUGAUGAGAAUGAGCCUGGAGAUUUUUCACCGGAUACCACACACUAUUUGCCAGUUUCCCAAAACUGUUCUAUUUUCAUGGAGGAAGGAGAUGGAUAUCUGGGGCAAUCAAGGUACUGUUUGGUUGCCAGUAAGCAAAUGGUUGGGAUAUUCCUCACAGUAUGGGUGAAGACUGAUCUAAGGCACGUUGUUCACAACAUGAAAAUUUCUUGUGUGGGAACAGGGUUGAUGGGUUAUCUUGGCAAUAAGGGUUCUAUUUCAAUCAGCAUGUCUUUGCACCAAACAAGCUUCUGCUUUGUUUGCAGUCACUUAACCUCCGGGCAGAAGGAUGGCGACGAGCUGCGAAGAAACUCUGAUGUAGCGGAAAUUCUGAGGAAGACUAGGUUUCCAAGAGCUCAGAGCAUGGAGGGCGAGAAUUCCCCCCGAACAAUCCUCGAACACGACCGGAUUAUUUGGCUCGGGGAUUUGAAUUACCGCAUUGCACUGUCUUACCAUUGUGCAAAGGCUCUUGUUGAUAUGCGCAACUGGAGGACUUUGUUAGAAAAUGACCAGCUCCGGAUAGAGCAGAGGCAGGGACAUGUCUUCGAGGGAUGGAGUGAAGGAAAGAUCUAUUUUCCUCCCACAUACAAGUACUUGAAGAAUUCAGACAAAUAUGCGGGAGAUGACAUCAACCCAAAAGCGAAGCGAAGAACACCCUCAUGGUGUGAUCGAAUAUUAUGGUAUGGUAUAGGACUUCAUCAAAUAUCUUAUGCACGUGGAGAGUCCAGAUUCUCGGAUCAUAGACCAGUCUAUAGCACAUUUUUGGCAGAAGUAGAAUCCAUCAGUUUCAGCCGAAAUAAGAGAAGUUUGAAUUGUUCCAGUUCUAGGAUUGAGGUAGAAGAGUUGUUGCCACACUUGGAUUGAUAAACUGUGGAUGUGUUGUGGUCUGCUCAGCGUUUCUUUGAAGCUGUACAAGGUGGAUCUGCAGCCAUGACAACUAUCACGAACAUUAUGUAGACUUUGGCUGUUGAAAUCUGUGAGACUAAUUGAAUUCAACUACUGAGUUGAAAGAGCAGCUGUAUGAAGAAUCCAUCUCCCCAGCGAUUGAGAUGCGGAUGGACUGGCUGCAAUGCAAUGAUGGGGGGGCGAGCUAACAGAGGUAGCAAAUAAUGUUUAAGAACUAGGGUAUUCAUUUUCUUCAUAGGCAUGUACUGCUGCUGUUUCUGUAUCUUGUUCUCUAUCCAUGAAUCCACGAUGAAAUGUGCAAGAACAAUAAAAGAUGAAACUGAUAAAACCCAAAGUAGCAGCAGCAGCAGCUGCUCUGCUUUAUUUAGGUUAGAGCUCAAGCUUACAUUUACACGUAGGUAAACCUCUGCACACACAGACAAGAAAGCAAAACCCACCACCACUCGUACUCGUAUCGUAUAUGAAUUGCACUGCCGACCCCUCCUUCAGCUUCCGCCGCAAACCACCACUCAUUUUCUUAGUUAAGAAUUAGCAAACCUCUUCGUGUUAUUGGCGUGGGCCGGCCCUCGAGGAAGAACCCAUCAUCUUGAUUCCCAAACACCUCUCUCGACGGUGCGCUGAAGGCAAACGCUUGAGCAGCCUCCUCAAGCUUAUUGAAUACGUCCCCCCGUCCUGCAUGCAAUUCACCGGCCAGCCCAAACGCAGUCGAACCGUUUCAUCAUGGAUUUUAAUUUCUUCUUUCUAUGGACAUAUGCGAGAGUAUACUUGUGGUUGUUGCGGGCAUUGAUCUCAAUUCAAAGCAGAUGACUUGCAGCUUUUGGUGUUUGGAAGCGACGACAAUGACUAGGUGACCGGCGGGGACGACGAAGACACACGCCUCAGGCGAGAGCUCACUUUCUGGUAGGUGGGGCCAGCGCCCUUCCGGUGGCGGCGCGAGCCUCCGCCUCCGCCGUGUUUCCGGCAGGAUUCGUUGGACAAGUGGCGACAUGCCAUCUCAAAGUAUCCCCUGCCACUGCUCCCUCAAUCCUUAUCUAAUGUUUUCAGAAACCACAAGAGAAACAAAAAGAGACCGCCAUUUGUUAAAUACUAGUGAAGAGAAAUGGAAACCCAAAUGUUAGGGAGGACUAGUUGAUCAUCAAACUUACAUUGAAAGCAGCAGCGUCAAGGAAUUCAGGGCUGUAAGCAUUCGAAAACGAUUCUUCCCCUCCUGCUCCAAAAAGUACCUGCAUAUCCCAAGGAUUUUGUCACCAAUAUAUAUUAUUUUGACAGUAUUUCUCGUAUGAAAAUGGCCAGGAUUAGGCACGGGCUUUGAUGAGUCGAAUUACCACAGGCUUUUAAUUGUCAUCUCUAUUGAUGAUAUAAACGGUUGCGCCUGCUGGAACCUUCAACAUAUCUCCUCGUCAAAUAUUGGAAUUCUCCCUCUUAUCUCGAAGAAUCAAAUUUAUUCUUCCUCUUCCUGCAAUCAAAGGAGCAGCCUCGACGUGAAUUUCUUUGUAAACUAAGUUUGCUUAAUUUUUCAGAGAAAAUUGUUUAGUACCCUUUGCAACAAACAUUGCUGCCUGAGGAUCGACUUCACAAGUCCUCAACUUCUAUGAAGUUAAGUUUAGACUUUCAGCAUCCCUCUUUAAACCUAACUUAUUUUUUCAACAACAAUCAAAACGAAUUCUUUUCCUCUGUAUUGGAAAGUCGAUAUUGCUAUUGCUUAAUCACAUUGAUAUUUUUCAUUUGUUCUUUUAGCAUAUUUAGCUCUUGAGACAUGUCUUCGUACUUUCGUGCUUAAGUUUUUAGGUGUAGACUGCAUCUCUUCUCUUCCAACUCAUAUUUUGCAUUGACAAUCUCUUGAUGGUAGGCACCUGUAGCCUCGAUCUUAUCGUGUAGGCAGAGGUUGUGAAUGACACGUAAAGCUGCAUUUUGCUCAACAUUCUUCUUUGCGUUUGCUUUAGAGCUAUGUUGUGUCUCUUCAUAUUCAUAUGAUACUUGAAAGAGAUAGAAACACAAAUUGGCACUUCGCCUUCCAUUUUCACCUGGCAUCAACAUUUGGGUUGUGUGGAAAGGAAAUACCUCGUCUUUUCUCUUGUGAAGUCGAUCUUUGAACUCUCACCUACUCAACAUGUUCCUUUAUUUGUCCUGUAACUCACAAUAAGCUCUACAGUACAAGUUAACUUAUGAUUCAUUCUCUCUCUAAAUCAUAUUAUGUGCGAUUAUUUAAAUAUCACCUUAUACACCGCAAAAAAAUAUUUUUUUUUAAAAGUAACUCAAAAUUUAUAAAAAGAAAUAUAAAAUCAUUAAAAUUUAAACAUGACUUCACUAUGCCAAAACUAAUUAGAUGACAAAGUAUUUAUAAACUCACACUAUACAUAAACUUUACGAGUUAAUAAAUACUCACACGAAACACUCCAAACACUUUUAUUUCCUUGUAUGGCUCGAGUUUAUGUUACUUAUAUUCUCACUUAUCCAAGUAUAAACUCUUAACCUCUAUAAAGUUUAA